AUGACGGCAACGUCAGACGACAACAACCCACUCUUCAAAGAGUCGUGUCAGGCGCUGGACCAUGCCACCGAGUUUGCCAGAGACACCCUCGUCAACAAGGAGCACUGGUGCGGGUGGGUGCUCUCCAACGUGACGGUCACGGCAGAAUGGAUUUUCCUGCAGUACAUCCUGGGGCUGGAGAUGAGCAAUGAGGACCGAAGGGGCUUCUUGAAGCAUUUUACGUCGUCGCAGAGGCCCGACGGCAGCUGGUCCCUCGCCACGCAGACCACGACCGGGGGAGAGCUCUCCUGCACCAUCGAGGCCUACCUUGCCCUCAAGAUCCUGGGCGUCAGCCCCGAGGAGGACUACAUGGUUCGCGCGCGCGACUACGUCCGGAGCCACGGGGGAGCCGAGAAGAUGCGCAUGCUCAGCAGGUUCCACCUGGCCAUGUUUGGGCUGAUCCCGUGGGCGGCGGUGCCCCAGAUGCCGCCCGAGCUCAUCUUCAUGCCGUCGUGGUCCCUGGUCAACAUUUACAAGUUCUCGUCCUGGGCCCGCUGCAACAUUGUCGGCCUCUGCAUGCUGCGGGUGCACGAGCCGCUCUAUGCCCUCCCCAACGGCAAGCAGCUGGACAAUGACUACCUCGACGAGCUGUGGCUGGACCCCUACCACAAGGCCAUCCCUUAUACGGUGCCGUACUUGCAGCUGAUGCAGACCUCGCCGCUGGGCGUCUUGUUCCAGCUGGGCGACCUGUUCCUGUGGUUGCUGUCGUUCCUGGGCUUCUGGUUCCUGCGGCGGUGGGCUGUCUCGAGCAGCAUACAGUGGACGCUGGACCACCAGGAACCGUCGGGCGACUGGGGCGGCAUCUACCCGCCGAUGCACCACAACAUCCUGGCGCUGAUGCUCGAGGGCUGGAGCCAGGACGACCCCGUCAUUCAGAGGGGCAUCGGGGCCUGCCAGAGGUUCCUGGCCGAGGACCCGGCCCACGGCAAGUGGAUGCAGCCCAGCGUCUCGCCCGUGUGGGACACCUUUUUGAUGAUUCGCGCCGUGGCCGACGCCAAGACCACUGAUGACGCCGACAAGCUGCUGGUCAAGCCCGUCGACUGGGUUCUGGCUCAGCAGAUCGACGACGACCACAUUGGCGACUGGCGCAUCUACCGACCCGAUAUCCCCGCCGGCGGCUUCGCCUUUGAGUACUUUAACAAGUGGUACCCGGACGUCGACGACACCGCCGUGGGCGUCGUCGCCCUCAUGCGCCACGACCCCAGCCUCGUCAACGACGACCGGAUCCUCAAGGCCGCCGCCUGGACUCUCGGCAUGCAGAACCGCGAUUUCGGCUGGGCCGCCUUUGACGCCGACAACAACGCCUUUUACCUGCACGCCACCCCCUUUUCCGACAUGGACAGCCUCACCGACAGCUCCACACCCGACGUCACGGGCCACGUGCUCGAGAUGCUGGGGCUCAUGUACCGGCUGGAGCGGCAGGGCCGGGUCAAGAGCCCCGAGAUGCUCGCGUUCCUGUCGCAGUCGCACGGGGCCUGCGACAGGGGCCUCGGGUACCUUCUGGGCUCGCAGGAGGCGUUUGGCGGCUGGUACGGCCGGUGGGGCGUCAACUACAUCUUUGGCACCAGCGCGGCGCUGUGCGCGUUGGCCUACUUUGCGGACCGCAAGGGCGUGAGGGGCAAGAUGGCGGCGGGCGCCGACUGGCUGCGGUCGCGGCAGAACCCCGACGGCGGCUGGGGCGAGCUGCUCGAGUCGUACGACAACAAGGCGCUGGCCGGCAGGGGGAGGUCGACGCCCUCGCAGACCGCGUGGGCGCUGCAGGGCCUGCUGGAGCUCGAGGACCCGCGCGGCGAAGUCGUCGAGGCCGGCGUCAACUGGCUGCUCCGCCACCAGGUCACCAGCCCCAGCCGCAACUCGGGCCGCGUCUCGGCCACCUGGCCCGAGGACGACUACACCGCCACCGGCUUCCCCGGCCACUUUUAUCUCAAGUACGAGCUCUACUGCCACUACUUUCCCAUGAUGGCCCUGGCUAGAUAUAGGAGUUGCAUUCAGGACGGUGCCUAGGACAAGGGACCAUCUUGUGAGUAAACGUCUCGGAACCGCCAGAGACGAUACCGUUGUUUUUAUUGCGAAGCGAGCAGGAGAGUUAUUGCGGGUGCAGGGUCCCCCGAAGCUGUAUUCUUUUCGGAGCCGCCCAUUAGUAGAAUCUGGGUGUUUUUUUUGUACAGAUUUAUUGUCUUUGCAAUUUUCUACAAGAGUUGGUUCUGGUUUUCUUUCUUGGUCAGAUUAAAGGGGUGGUCUUUUUUCAGGGGGUGGCGCAGUACGUUUUUAGCUUUCGAUCUUGCGCUCAGCAAGCUCAAUUUUAUCGCCCCUAAUG